CGGGAACGAGGGGGCGGAGACCCAGCAUCCGGAAGUGGCUCCAGAGUCUCUUUCUCCUCUUCCGGUCCUGUUUCAGCCGCCGCUUUCCUCGCGCAGCCGCCGGCAGCAUGAAGCCGAUCCUGCUGCAGGGCCACGAGCGGUCCAUCACGCAGAUCAAGUAUAACCGCGAGGGCGAUCUCCUCUUCACCGUGGCCAAGGACCCGAUUGUCAAUGUGUGGUACUCGGUGAACGGGGAGCGACUGGGCACCUACAUGGGCCACACUGGAGCUGUGUGGUGUGUGGACGCCGACUGGGACACCAAGCAUGUCCUCACUGGCUCAGCUGACAACAGCUGUCGUCUCUGGGACUGUGAAACAGGCAAGCAGCUGGCCCUCCUCAAGACCAAUUCAGCCGUGCGCACCUGUGGCUUUGACUUUGGGGGCAACAUCAUCAUGUUCUCCACUGACAAGCAGAUGGGUUACCAGUGCUUUGUGAGCUUCUUCGACCUGCGGGAUCCAAGCCAGAUUGACAGCAAUGAGCCCUACAUGAAGAUCCCCUGCAAUGACUCCAAGAUCACCAGCGCCGUGUGGGGUCCCCUGGGGGAGUGCAUCAUCGCAGGCCAUGAGAGUGGAGAGCUCAACCAGUACAGCGCCAAGUCUGGAGAAGUGUUGGUGAAUGUGAAGGAGCACUCACGGCAGAUCAAUGACAUCCAGUUGUCCAGGGACAUGACCAUGUUCGUCACCGCAUCCAAAGACAACACGGCCAAGCUCUUUGACUCCACAACUCUAGAACACCAGAAGACGUUCAGGACGGAGCGUCCUGUCAACUCAGCUGCUCUUUCUCCCAACUAUGACCACGUGGUGCUGGGAGGCGGUCAGGAAGCUAUGGAUGUGACCACAACCUCCACCAGGAUUGGCAAAUUUGAAGCCAGGUUCUUCCACUUGGCCUUCGAAGAAGAGUUUGGAAGAGUCAAGGGUCACUUUGGCCCCAUCAACAGCGUUGCCUUCCAUCCUGAUGGCAAAAGCUACAGCAGCGGCGGCGAAGAUGGCUACGUUCGCAUCCACUACUUCGACCCUCAGUACUUCGAAUUUGAAUUUGAGGCGUGAGAAGCCAGAUCUCCUUCCUAGAGAAGGUUGCUCACAGAAAUUUUGGACUCUGAUUAAUAAAUUAGUUUGGUAAUAAAUGGUUUACUGGGCA